AUGGAAACCCUGUCACCGCCACCCAAGCUCACCCACCUCUUUACUCUUCGUUGUGCGGUAGACCCGCCGAUGGAGGUCGGCAAUGGCCCCUAUGGAAGAAGGCGUUGUGUUCCGAUCAAGUCUGGAUCGGUGAAGGGAAAGUACAUCAACGGCGAGGUUGUGCCUACAGGAGGCGCAGACUUCAUGUUGGUUGAGGCGGACCAGACCACACACGUCAAUACCAACUAUAUGAUCAAAAGUGAUGACGGGGCGUAUAUUUACAUUCGAACGGAAGGCACCAGAGCUGGUCCCCCGGAAGUGCUUCGGGCGCUAAUGGAAGGCGGACCGGUGGACCCCAGCCAGUACUGGUUUCAUCUACACGUGAAGAUUGAGACUGGCCAUGAAAGGUACCGCUGGAUGAACAAUCGUGUCAUUGUUGGACGUGCGACCAGAGAGAAGGGCGAAGUAGCCUACGAUGCUUACUUUUUGGAAAACCCCUCCGACGCAGAAGUAGAGAAGAAUAAGAGUUUGCUCUAA